AUGCUUUCCAUACGCAAGAACAAGACCAAGGUGGACUACAACUCAUCAUCAUCUACCCUUAACUCGUCAUCCUCGUCAACAACGACCAUCAUCACCUCCUCAUCGUACCAUGGUUCGUCCGGCCACCAUUCCCGUAAAAACACAUCAAAGCUAACCCCCAAUGCCAAUGACACCAUAAUUCAAAAAUCGCUCAAACUAUUGAAGAGACUAGAAAUUGAAAUCUCCAAGUUCAACUCAAAGACGAAUGGAGUCACCAAGACUAAUAUUUUGCGUAUGUCGCUUUUGCCAUUUUUAAGAGACCCCAACUGUGACUUGUCCACACAAAUCCAGGAUAGGAAAAUCUACUUAUCGCUAGUUAGCAUAAGUAGUAACGUACUCUUGAGAUGGUGGAGGGUUUUGCUCACUUCUUUGACGCUGAAAAACAACCCCACAAAAUCCCCUAUAAUCUCCAGCACUGACAGAAAUGCCUACUUGGAGGGUAUUUCAAGAAUAAUCUCUAGAAAGGAAUGGCUAGAUGUAGAUUCAGAGACCUAUGCCAAGUUCCAAGGCUUGCUUACCAUUACAUUGGACUAUUCUAUCGAUAAAGUGCAAGUGUUAAAAAUAUUACCUUUGAGUAUCGGCGCUUUUAUUGGUAAAGUCUUUGCAUACAGUUAUUUCCACUUACCUAUGGUAAGCGAUGCUCUUUUGUUUUUAUUGAAUGUUAAACAGUAUAUGUUCGAGGAUACUAUGGAGGCAAUGGACAAACAUUUACAGAAGACUAAUAGGCAAACAAUGCAUACCAUCCUGAAGGCAUUCCCCAGCCACUUGGGACAAUUCCAUGGAAUUGGACAUCUGUUACUGAAAAAGCAAAAGUUCUUUAUAAACUCAGUUCCUCCUCCGAAGCACCCAGUGAAGGGAAUUUCGGAUCCUAAUGGGUCCUGGGUUAGAAGAUGGUGUUCGAGCGACUCAGACAUUUUUAACUCCUUCUUCCGUCAUUAUAUUAGCAUUACCAAUACAUUUCUCUUUGAGAAUAAAAAUGACGACGAAUACAAUGAGGAUGGAAAUUCUAGUGGCAGUGAGAUAGAUAGCGAAACCGGCUUAGAGGGAAAUCAACGGAAGAUUUGGUCGCAUUAUGACUAUGAUACUUUGUUGAUGAAUUCUCCUGGUUUUAAAGUCAUAUUAUCUCAUAUCCUCCAUAUCUUUCAAGUUUCUAUCACCAGAAUUUCCCAAAAUAACCCAUCUACCUUUAACAAUAUGUUUUUCAAACAGGAUUCCAGCAGUGGUAGUAAGGAAUCAAUGAUUUCUACUCAAUCAAUGAAUGACAUCUAUUAUAAUUCGAUAGUCAAGAUACUCAAGACAUGCCGAGACUUGAAAUUUUCUAAUAUUGUCAAUCUCUCGAGGUGUCUUAUAAAGUAUAUCGAUAGGUUAUUCAUAUCCAUUGCAAUGAAAACGUCAAUCUACGACUACAACAAGAACGGGCUUCUUUUGAACAUUGUAUAUGAAUUUAUCAACUAUGUUGACAAUGAUAUCAACUGGGAGUUCUGGCUCAGCAGCUCUUACUUAAUGCUUAGCAAGACUGAUCACAUUCAAGUAUUACUCAAGAACUUUGCAUUCUUGUUCAAUGUAUGGGAUUUAAUUUCGAGCAGGUAUACAACAAUCAAUGACAACAAUCAAACUGUUGGCAUUGACAACGGAUGGCUAACCAAAAAGCAUGAAACACUUAAAUGGAACUUUGCAAAUUGGCUAGUUUCGUCACCUAUAUGGUCAACAUUCUUCAACCACUGGGAACCAAUCAUUCGUACUUAUUACCUUAAGUUAAUUAUUUGGCGCUUAAUUGGUAUCAAUAACCACUCCAGGAAUUAUUCACUUAGUAUUGAAAACCACAUUGACCAGAAUCUCAAAUAUUCCUACGAUUACCUCUGUUGUAAAAGGGGUAAAUCACGCACUAUUCUGUUAAAACCAGAUAAUCCCUUGGUGAACAGGAAAUUCAGUAUUAUACCCAAUACUAUGAAGGAAGACAUGUUCCCAAGAAUGGAAGGUGAAAUUCCCUCUUCUACUAAGACCAACAAUUCAUCCAACGAACUUAGAAAGACUCAUCCUUAUGAAAUUUUUGAUGAAGCAAUAUAUUCUUGUUCUUCAUUGCCUUCAUCGCCAAUACCAAAUUACUCGAAUGAUAGAGAUGGUGAUGAUGAUGAUGACGAUGAUGGUGAUGCAAACUACGUAGAAAGCCAAGGAAGAAGCAGCAGUCUGUUGGUAAGCUCCUUGGGUAAAAUACUUAAAAUUUUGUCGACAGACGACAAAAGAGUCAUGGAAGCGGCAACUACUUCACCUUCAAGUACAACCAUCUUGUCCGCCCCUCCAUCAAUUGGAGGAGGGCCAUCUGCAAGAAUUUCGUCAUUUAAGUCGGGCUCAGCAACGUCACUUUCCAACUCUAUUAAAUCAGGUUCUUCCUCCCCAUCUAUUAUGUCGACAUAUUCGACAUCGUUUACUGAUUUUUCUACUGAAUCUUCCAUUAAAUCGGAUUCUUCAUCUUCAAAUGCGUCUUCGGUGAACCUUGCAGAUUUGAUCCAACCACCCGAACUCCUCACAAGACCACCAAACAUUGUUAGACCACUAUAUCGUUUUGAAAUUGUGAUUGAUACAAAGGCCAUUAACGAAAAACUUUCCAUUAACAGAGGACAAGAAUUUGGGAAUUCGAGAGUGGUAACAAGGUCUAAAUACCUCAGAUUACCUAAGUAUCCCAAAAUCCCAAGUUUCGCUAAGUUCUAUGAAAUGCUUUUUUGUGAUGAGGCUUACAUUCAAGCAGAUAAAGAAAGAGACAGAGACGGGCCCAUGGGCGGAAAUAUUUUCGAAGAGGAAGUUGGCGAAGAGGACAGCUUUGAAGAUGAACUUCUUAUCAAACCCAAGGUAUCUCACAACCCUCUCUACCCUGAUUCUGUGGAAUCUAACCUGAGAAGGAUACUUUCAUACAAUUGGGUAAAUGUAGGGAAGUCUCUCAAUGAAUGGAACGAAAUAGUAGAAGAAUUUGAGAAAUUUAUGAGUUCCAAGGUAGAGGAUUUCAAGACCAAAUCAAACGAUAACUAUGAAGUUUACUUCAAGAGAUCUAUUCCAUUUUUGAGUGUUGACACUGCCAGUGAACUCAAAUUUUUGAAUGCGGGUUGA